AUGGCCGUGGUGUUGGCAGCCGACGCCAUCUGUAGUUGCAAGAACAGCUGCCGCGCCACAAGCCGGAGAGCACACCCGCCGCUACUGGUGCAUAACCACCUUGUGCUGCAGCUUGCAAGCUCACCACCACAUCUGUACCGAGCCGUGGUGAAGGAGCUGCAGGACAUGAACGGAUGUAGUCAAUGGCUGCCUUGCUAUGCAGGAGAGGGCAACAUCGACCUCAACCUCUCCCUGCAGCGGGCCUCGUCGCCGGAGUGGUUUGGUUACUUCUCCUGCUCCUACUGCACCAAGAAGUUCUACUCCUCCCAGGCGCUAGGCGGCCACCAGAACGCCCACAAGUCCGAGCGCAGCGUCGCCAAACGCACGCGGGAGCUGGCCUACACGCGCCGCCAGGGCUACGUGGGCCAGCUCGGUGAGGCCAGCAGGAGAGAGAAGGACCCGACUAGCAAUGCCACGGGGAGCUCCUCGCACAGGAGGGCGUCCCCGCCGGAGGCAGCUCGCCGGGACCUCAUCAAAGAGGACAUCGAUCUGUCCCUCAAGCUCUGAUAUUAGUUGCUUAUUGCCUACUGGAUUGAGGUUUUUGUAACUGCAAACUUCUGGUCGAUUCUCCUUAUUAUUAUUAUUUUC